AUGGAAGAAUUAGAUUAUACAGCAGUUCAUUGGGAGAACUGUGCAUCCGUUAAAGGAAUGGAGAAAAAGUAUCAAGAUUCAGUUAUCUUAACAAUUUCAACGGCUCGUUCUGGUUAUUUUUUACGAUUAGUUACAUUAUACAGUUUUCCGUUGAAUAUGAAGGAAAACACGCCGCAUCCUUAUGAAAUUGCUCAUAAAGAAACAGAUGUUCUCUGGCAUACAUAUCCAGUACAGAUAAUUCAAAUUAUAACUUCAUGUAUUGGCAAUAUGAUGGGCGAUCCAGAUAAAUACAUUCCAUGUAUCAUUUCUUACUUUACGAAUGAUCCCUAUUCAUCCCAGUUAUUUGGCUAUUUAACGUUUCCUUCUCUUUGUUUUUAUUUUAUGACUCCAGAAUUCGUUGAAAUCGGUGCAAACAUCAUAUUUUCGACACUCAAGUACACAGAUGGACCACUUGUCAUGCACAUGUGCGCCUCUUUGUACGAUUCUAUCUCGAAUUUUAACAAUAUUUUGUGGGAUCAUUUUAACUACUCUAUUACGCCAGAAAAAUCCGUUAUUGCUGUCUUUACUGACUCAAUAAAGGAAGGCUUCUCAGUUUUAACCCAAAAACAUCAAGAAUUUACCAAAAAUUUAAUUUCGAAUUUUCCUCUAUUUGCAAUCAAAUUUUUCACGUUCUACUUCUCCUCACAGUCCAAAGCCUACAAUACAUUCAAACACAACAACAAAACUCAAUCUCCAAUGGAAGAAUUGAUGGAAAUUUUGAAUUUCGCAGCAAGUAAUCCAGAAUCUGCCAUAGCAAAAGUAAUUUUGAGCUCAUUCCACUCAGACACGUUUACUUCUCCAUUUUUAUCUUUUUCAGAUAUGAAUUUACAGACAACAUCCUCGAUUCUAUCACCUCUCGAGACUAAUACAUUAUUCCAUGCAUUUCUCAGCGGCGAAAUGAUAAAAAAAGGAAGCAAAGUCGCUUCAUUAAAAUGCAAACCAGAAUAUGCGAACAGUUUGUUCCCAGGCAGCAUUAUUUUCUCUUACAAAAAAUUUUUGUCCCUCAACAGAUCCAAAUUCAUGCCUCUUGUCUACGAACCAGAACCGGAAAUUGUAAUUGAGAAAAAUCCAGACUUCAAGAGAGAUUACGAGCACAUUAUUCUUCUUGCUUCAAAUAAUGGACUCAAACCUCUCGAAGUUAUUAACAAUCCUCUAACUCCGGCCGUAUUAGAUACAUUAAAUCACGUAAAAAGCAUGAAAACGGAAGGAUUCAUCGAUUACGUGUAUAAGAAACAGAAGAAGAUAAUUAAUAAGGCCCAGUCCAACUUCGAAAGCUUCUUUGAGUGGCUUUCAACAGAUAUCGGACUUAAAAGGUGCCAAAUGAUCUUUUCCUUGGACCUUAACAGGAUGGAAAUCAUUCUAUCGCAGAUGGACGUCAGCAAGAAGUUCCCAGAUCCUUCUAAAAUCCCUCUCCACACAAUCGCGCAAAAAGAUAUCGCAUUUAUCAACACUCUUAAAUCGGUUUACGAUACUAAUUUAAACAGCCCAUAUGUAUAUCUUUGCGCUCUAAAUCUCUCCAAUAUCUACCCGAAAGACGAAUUAAUUCCCGAAAUGAACGAUUCUUACAUUUCUAAGUUCAUUCAGUCCGAGCGAUUGCGAAUAAUGCUGGAAAAGAACACAAGUAACCAGCAUUACUACGAAAUCGCCCACAAAAUUAGUGAAGAUGCAAAUCUUCCAAUCGGAGAAAGGAUUUUGAAGAUCACAGAUGCUUUCAUACAGUUAAAUAACUUGAUGGGAGCGGAUAAAUCAACAAAAUUCGCUUCAAUUGCAGUUGAUAUCCUGAUAAUGAGUGGAAGAGAGGAUUUCUUCACUGAUAUAAUGUACCUGGAGAACAUCGCAUCCAAGUUUUACGCUGCUGCUGAAAACCACAACCCUCAGGCAAGGUUUUUGUGGACUGUGACGUUUUCUGAGUUAGUUAAGAGACUUUCUCAGGCAAAUUCGUCUUUCCAGUCAGGAGAAAAUGUAUACAAGUUCUUGAUAAAGAAAUUAUGA